GUUUGAAAGCCGCCUCCCCUUUUGUGCCAAUGUUGGCAAAGCGAGUGGGUGCCUGGAGGGGGGUGAGCUGGCUUGUGCGCCAGUCUGCAUGGCCCGCUCUCUGGCCCUUGUCCGCUGGGCCGACCUCUGACCCAUUGGGCACCCUUGUGCCUUGCAGCCCGUGUGCUGUGCCCGGGGAGCACGUCCUGGCCAACGCCUCCUCCGCGCAGGGCCACAACGCCACCCCCUCCCACGACGAGCACAACAUCCGCAACUACGAGAACACCACCGUCUUCUUCAUCUCCAGCUUCCAGUACCUGAUUGUGGCCGUGGCCUUCUCCAAAGGCAGGCCCUUCCGCCAGCCCUCCCACAAGAACUAUCUCUUUGUGGUCUCAGUCAUUGUCCUGACUGCCGUGGUCCUCCUCAUCCUCCUGGACCUGGUGGGCCCCAUCAACACUUUCCUGGAGCUGGUCUGCCUGCCCUCCAACUGGCGGGUCACCAUCCUCCUCCUGGCCGUGGCCAAUGCCUUCGUCUCUAUCCUGGUGGAGAGCCUCCUCCUGGAGACGCUCCUCUGGAGAGUCCUCUUCAGCCGGGACAAGCAAGGGGAGCACCGCCUAGCGCCCUCUUCCUCCUCCUCCUCCUCUUCCUCUUCCUCCUCUUCCUCUCACCCGCCACAGGAGACCCUGGGCCGGUGGCGCUGGUGCGCCCUCCCUGUGCUGCUGCGCUCCCAGAGGAAGCCCCCCAAGGCCCGGUACGCCCACUUGGCCCAGGAGCUGCUGGUGGACCCCGAGUGGCCCCCCAAGCCCUCCACCACCACUGAAGCCAAGGCCCCCCCUGGGCACCGGAACGGUUCAUCCUGCCACGUCAUCACCGUCACGUAGCACUCGCUCUGACCCCCUCCUCCCUUGGCUCCUGUGGCAUGACCUUCCAAGGACACGUCCCCAGCGUCCGGCCUGGACUGACCCACCGCUUCCCCGGUGGUGGCCCUUUUGUCUGUCUUUCAGUUGGAUCCCCAGCUCUUGGUCCCCCCUUCGAGGCCCGUGUUCAGGCUGCACUUUGGGAGACCUGGUUCCUGUGGGACCCCCACAUCUGGGCGGGGGGUGGGGGGGCUUCAGCCACAUUGGCGCACAGGAGCGUCCUGCCUGGGGCGGAUGAGGGGCCGCUCUGCUCUGCCGCCUUUGGAUCCGGACACGGGGCUUUUGCCACAAAUAAUCCCAGGGCGGAUGGUGGCGAGUCCAAAGGCGAAGCCCACUCUGCCUGUCCCUCCAGCUCUGGGGGGAGCCGUGCUCAGGACCCCCCUCUCCCUAUGAGGGACACCUCCCACCCCUAGAAAUCCUCUCCGGAGGGGGGAGGGGAGGUGCUUCCGGGGUCUGCCAAGCGCACAGCCUUCUGGGCCAUCUCCUCACCACUUGGCCACCCACUGUGCCUCUGAGGGAGGGACCCCCGUUGGCCCACCCUUCUAAAGUGGGGGGGAGUCACAGAAUCGGGUGCAAAAGGGUGUGUGCAUGUGUGGCAAAGUCAGUUCUAGGGUGGGCUACGCAUAUCACACGCAGCCUCCGCAGACCUGCUGGGUCUGGAUCUGAAGAGGGACCAAUCUGCAGGCCCACAAGGGGGGGAACCAGGGGUUCUG